AUGAACCCUCAAGUGAGGCAGCUUCUGGAAAGAAUACAAAAGAGUCACAGGCCAAAGGUUUCUAUACCCUGUGAUGGUCCCUAUGAUCCUGGUGUGACUCCUCUGUGCUACUCGCAUCUCGCCCAGGUUAAAACAUUCCAGACCCCACACUUCCAGCAGGAUCGCGGCGCAGCUCCUUCAAACACCAUGAGAAGGUUCCUUCACCCUGCAACUGGAGAAGACAUCCAUUUCCCUACCAGCCCCAUCUGUGCCAUGGCCCUGGACCUGGAAGCUUUGUUGAAUGGCCGCAAACGGCCGGCCUCUUCUUCACAGAAGCCUCCAGCGAAGCGUCCUGCCCACAAGCAACAAGUCGCAGCAGGGUCGAGCAGCAUUCUGAUCGACUCAGAUGUUGAAGAUGAACAUUCUUUGCGACCCUAUCCGAUGCCAACAAGCUUCGCAGAAUUGGGGUCUUGGGCGGAGAUUUUGCUCGACCGAUGUGCUCGCAUCUUUGGGGAUAGAUUUGUAAAGAACAAGAUUCGUACAUGCCAGUGGAAGACCUUCGACCUCUUCGGCGGAGCACUUUGUCUCCGACAGGCCUGGAAAAUGAUCUGCAGCGCCGCCAAACGUCGAUGGGGCAUUGAUUCCGGCCUCACAUUUGAUUUCAACGUAGAGUUGAACCGGGCUUGCAUCCGCUUGCACAAGGAGCAGUGGGGUGAAUGCUGCUGCUUCACUGACAUAUUGAAUAUGGUAACGCCAGCAUCUACUGGAAUUGAUAAGUGGAAGCCUUCUGUAUUGAAAAUGAACAAGACAGCCUACUGCGGAGUUCACAAGAAAAUGUGCAACAUCUCCUUUGAGGCCAACGAUGUUGCUUUGGUGGGAGCUCCGUGCGUCCUAUUUUCUUUGUAUGGCCUUGGGGAAGGCUUUACGAACAAAGUCAAAAGCCGUUGUCAGAAAGCAUCCAUCAAGUUCCAGAAGAAGGUCCACCUAUCCUUGCAUGAAAACGUCCCGGGAUACGACAAGGAGUUCCUCGAGCAGAACCUGGCUACCCACAAGAUCCAAACAGUUUUGCUGGACCCAAGAUGUUCGGACAUCCCAACAACCGGUGCCAAAAGCGGCAUUUGGACAAGUUCAGAACCGAGCUCCCUCGCAAGCGCUUAUACGAUUUGUCAGCCAAUUGCGAAAAAUGCGCACGCACAGAGACCCGUCAUUCAGAACUUCCGUGUUUGA